AUGUCAAUCGUGUCUUUACUUUGGUUUAUAGCAACGGCUGUAAGUGAUGUCUUUGUGCGAAACUUGAGCGCAGUUUUGAAUAUUGAUCUAAUGGGUAUAAUUUCUGAGCAGUCUGUCGUUUACCUUGUAUGCAAGGCCGUUUACUUGAAAUGGUUUCAUCCGCUGGCCAAGUUUCCCGGCCCUCCUCUGGCAGCAAUUUCCGAUGUAUGGUAUGCCUUCCACUGGACUGGCGGAAGAUGGCCUUUUGUGAUGGAGAAGAUUCACCAGAAGUACGGUGAUGUCGUCCGUGUUGCUCCAAAUGAGCUGUCGUUCGCCACUGCCGCCGCGUACAAAGAUAUCUACGGGCAUGCUACAAAGGGCAAGAAACAGUUUCUCAAGUCUUCAUGGUAUGAGAAUGGAGAUCCAGUGCCUGGCAUUGUCAGCACACGGGAUCCUGCAGACCACGCACGGCAAAGACGAUCCUUGGCACAUGCUUUCAGCACAAACUCGCUACGCGACCAAGAGGACCUCAUUCAUACCUACACCGACUUGUUCAUCACACAGCUGGCGAAACAUGGUGGGCAAAGCUCAGAAGGCAUAAACAUGCCAGAGGCUUUCCACUGGCUCACGUUCGACAUUGCUGGCCACUUGGCAUUCGGUGAAUCAUUUGGAGCUGUCGCUAGCAUGAGAACAAACUACUGGGUGUCUAUCAUUAUCGACGGUGUCUUCUUUGGCAACAUUGCGAAUGCACUCAAAAAACGACUCCCUCUACUCACCCCCUUGCUGCUCCUGAUCAUGCCAAAGGAUCUGAAAAGAAAGUACAUCACUCAUCGCCAAUUGACCUUGGAAAAGAUACAAAAAAGAAUCAACAACCAGCAGCUGGACCGCGACGACUUUUUCUCGCAUAUUCUGAAGAAGGGUGAUUACACCAACGAAGGACUAGCCAGCCAAGCGGGUACCCUUAUCAUUGCUGGCUCAGACACGACCUCCAGUUUCCUCAAUGGAGUUUUCUAUUACCUGGUAACCAAUCCCGACAAGCUUUCAAAACUGCAAUCAGAAGUUCGGACUGCAUUCAACGACAUGUCAGAGAUCACUGGUGCCAGCACGGCAACGCUGCCAUAUAUACACGGCGUUAUCGAGGAGGGUCUGCGACUGACACCGCCUGCACCUUUUGGACUGGCGCGAAUUUCUCCCGGGGCAGAUAUUGCCGGUCAUUUCGUGCCUGCAGGUGUGACUGUCAGUGUUGAUCAUUGGUCCACGCUGCACGAUCCCCGAUAUUGGUACGAUGCAGCCAGCUUCUUGCCCGAGCGGUGGGUAGGAGAUGGCUUUGGAGAUGAAAAAGCAGCCUUUCAUCCGUUUUCGCUUGGGCCACGGGGGUGUCUGGGCAUCAAUCUGGCGUAUUUGGAGGCACGCAUCAUAUUGGCAAAACUGGCGUGGGCACUAGAUUGGGAACUUGUGGACGCUGACGUGGACUGGAAGCGGGAUGCUAGACUGUACACCUUGUGGCACCACCCGCGAAUGCGUGGCCGAUUCAAUGUUCAUGACCAGGCCAGACCCAACUAG